UUCCCAAUCUUCUUCUUCCGCUCGUCUCUCGCUCUCUCUCCCUCUGUCUGUAAUGCCGGCGGAUCUGCUGAGCCUCCGGCUCUCCUACUCCCUCCCGCCUCACCGCGCCCUCCGCUCCGGCAAUGGCGUCAAACGGCGGCGCCUCCUCCUCCUCCCGGGCCGCCGUCACAGCCUUCCGCUCCUCCCUCCGAGCCUCUCCUCCAGAGCCCCCCGCCUCGCCCUCUCCAACACUCUCGAGGCCAGCCGCAACGCGGCGCCUCCGCUGGAGCAGCGGAGCCGCGAGCCUUCCCCAGUCCUCCUCGACGUCUCCGGCAUGAUGUGCGGCGGCUGCGUCUCCCGCGUCAAGUCCCUCUUAUCUGCAGAUGAGCGGGUUGACUCGGUCGUCGUCAACAUGCUGACCGAAUCCGCCGCGGUCAAGCUGACGCCGGAGGUUGAGGGCGGCGACUCGGUCGCGGAAGAUCUUGCCGCGAGGCUGACGGAGUGCGGGUUCCCGUCGAAAAGGAGGGCGUCGGGGAACGGAGUGGCAGAGAACGUGAAGAAGUGGAAGGAGAUGGCGAAGAAGAAGGACGAGCUGCUCGUUAGGAGCAGGAACCGCGUGGCCUUCGCUUGGACUCUGGUGGCGCUGUGCUGUGGCUCUCACGCCUCUCACAUCCUGCAUUCUCUUGGCAUUCAUGUGGCUCACGGGUCAUUUUGGGACGUGCUCCACAAUUCGUACGUAAAAGGUGGUUUGGCUCUGGGAGCUCUUUUAGGACCAGGAAGAGAUUUGCUCUUCGAUGGUCUGAGGGCACUUAAGAAGGGGUCUCCAAAUAUGAAUUCUCUUGUGGGGUUCGGUUCAAUUGCUGCUUUCAUCAUCAGCGCAGUAUCACUUCUGAACCCUGGGCUUGAAUGGGAUGCCUCAUUUUUCGAUGAGCCGGUCAUGCUUCUUGGCUUCGUUCUCCUUGGGCGUUCCCUAGAGGAAAAGGCGAGGAUCAGUGCAUCCAGUGAUAUGAAUGAACUUCUAUCACUAAUAUCUACUCAGUCCCGAUUGGUUAUUAGCUCUUCAGAGAGGGAUGCCUCUGCAGAUAGCGUACUUUGCUCUGAUGCAAUAUGUGUUGAGGUCCCAACCGAUGAUAUUCGAGUCGGUGACUCUGUGUUGGUCUUACCUGGGGAGACAAUUCCUGUCGAUGGGCGAGUCAUUGCUGGAAGAAGUGUUGUAGAUGAAUCCAUGCUCACUGGGGAGUCACUUCCUGCUUUCAAGGAAAAAGGCCUCAGAGUCUCAGCUGGAACGAUGAAUUGGGAUGGUCCUUUAAGAAUUGAAGCCUCUUCAACUGGUUCCAACUCAACAAUAUCCAAGAUAUUUCGCAUGGUUGAGGAUGCUCAAUCUCGGGAAGCGCCUAUACAAAGGCUUGCAGAUUCGAUUGCUGGACCAUUUGUGUACAGCGUGAUGACCCUCUCAGCAGCAACAUUUGCAUUUUGGUACUACAUUGGUACAAAUAUUUUCCCAGAUGUUUUACUGAAUGAUAUUGCUGGCCCAGAGGGAGAUCCCUUGCUUUUAAGCUUGAAACUUGCAGUAGAUGUCCUGGUUGUCUCAUGCCCAUGCGCAUUGGGUCUCGCAACUCCAACUGCAAUCUUGGUUGGCACUUCUCUUGGAGCAAGAGAAGGUCUUCUAAUAAGAGGAGGGGAUGUAUUGGAGCGCUUAUCAAGCAUAGAUCAUGUUGCUUUGGACAAGACAGGAACACUUACGGAAGGAAAACCCACUGUUUCUUCUGUUGCCUCUUUAUUGUAUGAUGAUUCGGAAAUUCUCCGAAUUGCUUCGGCUGUGGAGAGAACAGCAUCACACCCAAUCGCAAAAGCUAUAUUAAAGGAAGCAGAACUCCUGAAUCUGACUUUGCCUGUCACUAAAGGGCAACUAUCUGAACCGGGAUAUGGAACAUUAGCAGAAGUUGAUGGCCGUCUCGUAGCUGUUGGUUCAGUAGAAUGGGUCCAUGAAAGAUUUAAUAGAAGAACUGGCCUGUCUGAUCUAGUUAGUCUGGAACAAGCCGUAACUCGUAAAUCAUCAGAAGUGACACCAGUAGCGAAAGAUUCAAAAACAGUUGUCUAUGUUGGACGGGAAGGAGAAGGCAUAAUUGGUGCAAUAGCUUUAUCUGACAGAUUGCGUGAAGAUGCUGAAUUUACAAUAUCCAGGCUCCGGGAGAAGGGAGUCAAGACAAUCCUCUUAUCAGGGGACCGGGAAGAGGCAGUUGCAACCAUUGCUGAGACUGUUGGAAUGGGUCGUGAAUCUGUGAAUGCAUCCUUGACUCCCCAACAGAAAUCUGAUGUGAUAUCAUCUCUCCAAGCUGCAGGACAUCGGGUCGCAAUGGUUGGUGAUGGUAUAAAUGAUGCACCUUCUCUGGCUCUUGCUAAUGUUGGGAUUGCUCUGCCAAUCGAGGCACAAGAGAAUGCUGCAUCUGAUGCGGCUUCAAUCAUACUCCUCGGCAACAAACUUUCACAGGUUUUAGACGCACUCGACCUCUCACAGGCAACAAUGGCUAAAGUCUACCAGAAUCUUUCGUGGGCAGUGGCAUAUAAUGUCGUUGCUGUUCCCAUUGCUGCAGGGGUCUUACUGCCCAAGUUUGAUAUUGCCAUGACACCUUCACUUUCAGGUGGACUGAUGGCUUUGAGUUCGAUCUUUGUUGUCACCAGCUCCUUGCUUCUGCGGCUCCAUAGAUCAGAAGGAAAAGCAAGGGAUAAGUAAAGGUACACAUUCAGGUCUCUUGCAUGCUCUUUCCCCAUUAUGUCCUCCCACACGGAAAAUAUUGUAAUGUAGAACCCUCUCUAUAGAGCCAAGGAUUACUUAUUCGUGUAUAUUACAAACCGAAAGUAUAUGUAAGGCAGCCUCUGUUAGAAUGUAAAAAUUUCUUUUGUAUAGUUAACUAAGGAGUUCAGGCACUUCCUUCGAUUUGGAAUAAGCGGGGUUCCCAUACCUUUCUCCAUAAGCAUUCAUGUAAGAAAACAAUGGAAAUAUUUUAUUCGUCAGUGCGACUCGGUGUGUACAUCAUGUUUGGGAUUAUUAAGAACAGAACCCUCGAAGAAGGGAUGUUUACAGAGGGCAGACUUCAGCCCGCACAGUGGUGGUCAAGGGGAUGCUGGCUGGCACCGCUUGGAAGGAGAAUAUAAGAAGCUGAAAUCCUGAGAUUUCUUGGGUUGGCUUUGUGGUUCAAAACCUUUGCAUUUGAUUUCCUGUAAUCUUUUGCGAGUGGAAAUAGACAAUUUUAUCGAUUCACGAUUUGGAUCAGAGGGACCUGUGUUGGAAUUUGAUGAACAAGAAGUUGAACUCGAAA